GUUCCGUUCAGUAUAUGGCAAUCACUUCAUCCACCACUGCAGUACACCCACCUGUGGGCCUGGGGGAGGGAGUGGGUUGAAAAACUGCUCAAGAACACAGAAGUUUAGGAAGGGUCAUGAAGAACACCACAAGUGGAACCGCAGAGAGAGGGUUACACAGGCAGAAAGCAAGUCAACAAAAGCACUUAGUCAGGAUACGUAACUUGAAAUUGACUCCUUUGGAAAUUGCCAUAGAACCUUUAAUGGACAUCAUCAGCUGGAACUGGGAUCUGAUGAAUCCCACAAAAGUCAGCACCUGCUACAGAACAGAUGCCCUGAUCACCAAGGACUUGGUACUGAUUUAGAGAGAAGAGAGCAGCUCCUAGCAGCAUCAACAUCUAUUUGUCGCUUAUUUGCCCUGCAGCAAUUCACCUGCCUUUCCUUCUCCCAUCCUGUAAAUAUCCUAGGUUUUGCUCCAGUGUUUCCCAUCCCAGUACUGACCUAACUUGGAUCUACUGAGAACUUAGGGGGCUCUGAAAAAAAGGAGGUUAUUUGCAUUAAUGAAAUUAGUUACAAAGGCUCCUGUGCCUUUUUCCUUUCUGAAAUUGUGUCUUCAAAUUGUUAGAAGUUGCUGAUCAAAAUCGUGGGCACUUAAAUUCAUUCUCUGGGUACAGAUAUUUUAAAUAAGUUGGUUUCUGUAAGCUCCAAAAAACAUUUUAGCUGCUUAACUAGCACCUUUCUCAGGAAGUGAUAACACCAAAUAUUGCUGAUUCCUAGGAAAGUAUUUACUACCUGAUAAAGAAUUUCCUGAGUUAAAAUAGUCAUAACAGCUUAUAUAUAUUAAAAGUAAGGUUUUACUUUUUUAAGUCUUGAGAUUAACAGCUACCAUAUAUUGAAUCCUUACUGCCUUCCAAGCACUAUUCUAUGCACUUUAUAUACUUUAUCACACUUAAUCCUUCCAUCAAUGCUUUGAGGUAGGUAUGAUCCCCAUGUUAUACAUGAGUAAUAAGGAAAAAGGCUCAAGGAGUUUAUCAUUUAGCAAGGGUGGUUCUGUGAAUGAUAAUGCCGGGCAGUGAGCAGGCCUGUCGGGAGUCGGCUCCUGUAGCCCAAUGUUGGUGUGAUAUUCAACAUGAGUUGAAGUCAAGGGUUUUCUUUUUUCAUGUAAAGCUACUUAUAUCUUCCAAAUCGAAUGAAAUGGAUAUUAUAAAAAUACAGUUGAUUCAUCCUAUGAAUGGGAAGAGUAUUUUUUAAUGUAAUUGUUUUCCAGCAAUUGUAAGUGCAUACUGCUUGCCUCAGAAGAAAAGUCCAUCUAAAGAGGCUUUAAACUCUUUAUGGAUAAAAGACAAAAUAAAAAUCAUUUUUCUUAUUUUAGUUUUCUGGAUAUGCCGCAGAAGGAUCCGUGCCAGAAACAAGCCUGUGAAAUACAGAAGUGUUUACAAGCCAACAACUACAUGGAAUCUAAGUGUCAGGCUGUCAUCAAAGAACUGCGUAAGUGUUGUGCUCGGUAUCCUAAGGGAAGAUCUCUCAUCUGUUCAGGAUUUGAAAAAGAAGACGAAAGGCUGACACUGAAGUCCAUAUCAAAGUAAAGUUCUGCUGAGAAGUUAAAUGCUGCACCACUUUUCCACCAAGCGAGUUUUAUUUAUCCUCUUGACUCUUUCUUCAAGCCAGGUAGCAGCAAAUAUUAAAUGAAAAAGUCAACUAUAAAAGUUAAUGAAUAUGCCAUCUAUGCAGAACAGAUAGACAUGUAACUAUAUUAAAUAUGUAGAAUGUAAUGAAACUGAGCUGCUAAAAUAAACCUGCCAAGUGAAAAAUU